CUGAAAUGUUUUUUCACUCUAACUUGGUGACGGAAGAGUUCUUUCACUAUAUAGGAGUUAACUACUUGUAUGCUCCAUGGAUUUCAUGGCUUUUGUUGCUUCAAUCGUCACUGAUAUCAGUUUCAAAGAUUGUUCCCUAUUUUGUUCUUUGUUGCUCCUAUGCUAUUCCUGUUGUGAUGCUUGAUAUGAAAAUCUAUGGACAGUGGUUUACAACAGAGAAGAAGUUUCUAUCCACGCUUGCAAAUCCGACUUGCCAGAUAUCAGUAAUAGGGAACUUGGUGGUUGCAAGGACAGCAUCACAGAUGAGGUGGAAAGAAAGUGCUAUUUGCUUUUUUCCCCUUGGCAUCUUACAUUUCUUAGUGCUCUUUGUUACACUUUAUCAGCGUUUUUCAGGUGGGAAUAGCUUUCCUGCACUGUUGAGGCCUGUAUUCUUCUUGUUCUUUGCUGCACCAAGCACGGCAAGUUUAGCUUGCUCCAUUUCUAGAGCUUUUGAUACUGCCUCAAAGAUGCUGUCCUUUCUCUCUUUGUUCCAAUUCAUGCCUCUGGCUUGUAGGCCAGUUCUUUUCAAGAAAUCAAUGAGAAAAUUGAAGGUUGCGUGGUGGGCUUAUUCAUUCACAUUAACACUCCUGGCAUCCGUUUCUGCUGAAUAUGCAAACGAGGUUAAAGGUCCUAUAGCAUCAGCAAAAGAUGCUUGUUUUAUCUGCACUAUCAGUUCCGAUCUUCCUUGGCUUGAUGGUACUCGCCGUAAUAAACACUGA